CCCGAGGCAGAGAGGCAGAGUCCCGGCCUCCUCUGACCACACCUCCUUCGUGUCCCUGCGGCCUCAACCGACGAAACAUCCGGCGCCUCUCCUGGAGCCCUCCAGAAAGUUCUGCACCGUGGAGCGGUCAUAAGAGCCGGCCAUCUUCCCCCAGCAGCCUCACUGUGCACCGAGGGAAACACGGAACCGUAACACCACAAGGAGCUACCAUGGUUCACGAAACCGGCUUCUACGACCUCCUGGGUGUCAGCCCCAAAUCCACGCCGGAGGAGAUCAAGAAAUCGUACAGGAAGCUGGCCCUGAAGUAUCACCCCGACAAGAACCCCAGUGAAGGGGAGCGGUUCAAGCAUAUAUCUCAAGCAUAUGAGGUGCUGUCCGAUCCAAAGAAGAGAGACUUGUAUGACCAAGGUGGAGAACAAGCGAUCAAAGAGGGAGGCAUGGGCGGAGGAACAUCGCCAAUGGACAUUUUCAACAUGUUCUUUGGAGGUGGGGGACGGAUGCAGAGAGAGAGAAAAGGGAAGAAUGUUGUUCACCAGCUUAGUGUUACUCUAGAGGAAAUGUACAAUGGCGCCACCAGGAAGCUUGGACUCCAGAAGAAUGUGAUUUGUGAAAAAUGUGAUGGUUAUGGUGGUAAGAAAGGUGCCCUGGAGAAGUGCUCGACUUGCAAAGGAAGAGGAGUACAAAUUAAGGUGCAACAGAUUGGGCCCGGCAUGAUCCAGCAGAUCCAAAGCAUGUGUUCAGACUGCCAGGGACAGGGGGACAGAUUUAACGCCAAAGACCGCUGCAAGACCUGCAAUGGACAAAAAGUAGAACGCAAGAAGAAAAUUCUUGAAGUUCACAUUGACAAAGGUAUGAAAGAUGGUCAGAGAUUGACAUUCCAGGAUGAAGGCGACCACGAACCUGGACUGGAGCCCGGGGAUGUGAUCAUUGUGCUGGAUCAGAAGGAACACUCUGCUUUCCAGAGACGAGAGGAUGUUUUGACAAUGAAGAUGAACAUCAAACUUGUUGAGGCCCUGUGUGGUUUCAAGAAAACCAUUCAAACCUUAGACGAUAGAACGCUUGUCAUCAGCUCACAGCCAGGUGAUGUCAUCAAGCACAAUGACAUCAAAUGUGUUCCGAAUGAGGGCAUGCCAAUUUACAAGGAUCCCUUUGAAAAGGGAAAGCUUAUUAUUCAGUUCCAGGUGGCAUUCCCAGAAGAAGACUGGCUUCCAGAGCACCUCAUGUUCCAGCUGGAAAGACUGCUUCCUCCCAGGGAGGACGUGAUGAUUACUGAUGAUGCGGAGGAGGUGGAUCUCUGUGAGGUGGAUGAGCGGACACAACAGAGAAACUACGGCAGGGAGGCUUAUCAGGAAGAUGAGGAGGGUCCCAGAAGCGGAAUGCAAUGUCAGACACAGUGAUUGUACACUAUGAUAUCAUAGGUUGUAGAGCAUGUGGGGUUUUGUUGUGAAAUGUUUUUGUUUCUUUAAAGUUAUGAUUUUGAAGUAAUGCACAGCAGAUUGUUCACAUUAAGUUUAAAACAGUAAACAAACCAUUUGUGUGCUUCUUUCCUGAAACACGAACAUGCAACUGGGGUUUUUGUAUUUCACAUUUUAAUUGUGCUCCCAACGUUAUCAAGUGUAUGUUGUUGUUGUUGUUAUCUCUUUCUCUUUUGUGGACGUAUGCUUCUGAAGAAAACCAACGCACAAAAGAUUUCUUUUCACUCAAAAGCUGAAAGGACUACUUGUAUGCUUUCUGUGAAGGUAAUUUCAGCCAUGACAAACAUUUUAUUAUUUCCCAAUAAAGGUCCCAGAAUGCCUAAA